AUGUCUGAGGAUGAAUCCAUUACUCUCUAUUGGGAUAAUGCUCAACGGACUUUAUCAAAAGCUCAACUAAUGUGCCAGAAGUCGCAAAAUAUGAUUGCUGACUUACAGUCAACUGUAACCGCAUGGCAAAAGACAAUAUCAAAAAUCCAGUUCACAAUAUGCUGUAUAGAUAAUCAAACUAUUUAUCUGGCCAAAAGUAUACUUGAGGGUAUGAUUGGGAAGCGUUUAUUGGAAAAGGAAUGGGAAAGGAAUGUUUUGGAUAACCUGUCAAAGGAAAUGAAACGGUUAAAGGAAGAAAUAUUGGCUAAGAUGGAGAUACUAAGGGAUACUAAGCAUGUUUUAGGUGAUUCGGAUGAAACUUUAGCAGAUUUUAUCUCUAUGGGUAAUUUAAAUAUUCUAAAUGAGAAAUUUAGAGAUCUCGAUGUUAUCAAUACGCAGGUCAUAAACAUCCGUAGUCAGCAUGACUUACUACUUAAAAAGGUGCUUAACCAGCUGCUGAAAAAUAAAAUAAGGAAGCUCAAGCAUGAGUGUGAGACCUAUUUUGGUUCUGAAGGUGUUAAAUUUAUUUCUGAGAAAUCGUAUGGUGAAAUAAUCGUGUUGGAAGAAGAAUUAGUGGAAUUGUUGAGGUCAUUGACUGACCACUACGAUAAGUGUAAGCUUCUGAAAUCAGGAACGUUGCCUUCUGCGGAAUACGCUGAAUUACUACGUGUUGUUGCUAACGAUAACGAUGAGUUGGACAAAAUAAUGGGUAUUUUAAAUGAUGCUGUUGAUGAUAUUAGUAGGCUGGCCGAAGGUAUCUAUGCCACUAUCCAGCAGAAGGAAAAAGAGAAGCAACAUAUGAAAUCUUCAAUGCUUAAGGUUGCAAAUGAGUUGAAAAAGUACGAGGAUUAUUUGCUCGUUUUCCAGGGGAUUGAAGAGUUGAUAUCGAAAUUUAAACAGACAUGUAUACAAGAUAUUGCGAAGGUACAAGAGCUGUCUAGCUUUUACGAUAACUUUCUGAGCAGUUAUAAGCAUCUUCUAGAGGAAGUAGAAAGGAGGAGUAACGUAGCUAAGCAAAUGAAACGUAUAAUUGAACGAUGUGAAGAGGAACUAAAAGCAUUGACCGACGAGGAUUUGAAGGCCAGGCAAAUGUUCCUCCUAGAACAUGGAGAUUAUUUGCCGGAAAAUAUCUGGCCCGGUCACAUUGACGAUUUAGAGCCUCUGUAUAAACUUAGUCAUGAGAUUAAGGAGAUAUGA